CAGCUCAGUCGAUUGCCAAAUUCUGGCACCCAAGCAACUCGCAAGCAAGUGAGGCUCUGAGGCAACACGGAUAGGCGGAAUGGACAGAGGAUUGAUUCUACUGCUGCUCUGCGGCGUCGCUGUCUGGCUGAGCGCCAGUGCCAGUGCCCAGCGAGAUCAUCAGCGUAAGUGGGGCAGCGGGGAGCCGCAUCCCAUCAAGCAUGAGGAGGAGCUGCUGACGGAGUAUUGGGUGGCAAGGGCACAGGAGACGCUGCACGCCAAGCUGGCCGAGACGCAGGCGGUGCACACGAAUGUGGCCAAGAAUGUGAUCCUGUUCCUGGGCGACGGCAUGUCCGUGCAUACGGUGACCGCCACGCGGAAUCUGCUCGGCGACAGUGCCGAGAAGGUGUACUUCGAGCAGUUCCCCCACACGGGCCUGUCCAAGACGUACUGCGUCAAUCGGCAGGUGGCCGACUCGGCCUGCACGGCCACCGCCUACUUGGGCGGGGUGAAGGGCAACUACGGCACCAUUGGCAUCAAUGCCAACGUGCCGCGGUACAGCUGCGACGGCGCCGGCAAGGUGGAGAACCAGGUGGAGGGCAUCGCCCAGUGGGCGCAGGAGGCGGGCAAGGAUGCGGGUCUCGUGACCACAGCCAGGGUGACGCACGCCUCUCCAGCGGGUGUCUAUGCACACAUCGCCGACCGCAACUGGGAGAACGAUUGGGAGGUGACGAAGCGCUCCUGUGAUCCCGAGCAGGCGCCGGACAUUGCCCGUCAGCUGGUGGAGGGGCGGGUGGGCAAGGCCCUGAAGGUGGUGCUCGGCGGCGGACGGCAGCAGUUCAUCAACACAACGGUCAACGAUGAGGAAGGAUAUCCGGGCUACCGCACCGACGGACGGCAUCUCAUCAAGGAGUGGCUGGCGGACAAGCGGGCGGCCAAUGUCUCGGCCAAUUAUGUGUGGAGUCGCAAGGGUCUCAGCCUGGUGGAUCUCGACAAGACGGAGUAUCUGCUGGGCCUCUUUGCCAGCUCCCAUCUGCCGUACAACGGCGAUCGGGCGCGCAAUCGCAGCCAGCUGGCGGACCCCUCCCUGAGCGAGCUGACGGAGGCGGCCAUCCGCGUGCUGCAGCGCAGCGAGAAGGGCUUCUUCCUGUUCGUGGAGGGUGCCCGCAUCGACAUGGCCCACCACGACACAUACGCCCGACGCGCCCUCGAGGACACGGCCGAGUUUGCUCAGGCUGUGCAGAAGGCUCGCGAAAUGACCUCCGAGGAGGACACGCUGAUCGUGGUCACCGCAGACCACGCACACACCAUGUCCAUCAAUGGGUAUCCGUAUCGCGACCAGGAGAUCCUUGGCCUGACCGAGGACGACACUGACGAUGAGCUGCCCUACACGAUCCUCUCCUACGCCAAUGGUCCCGGCUACAAAAGCGCCUACAAUCAGGCCCAGGGUCGGAUACACCUUACCGAGAAGCUGACGGACAAAACGGACUUCCAGUAUCCCACCCUGGUGCCGCUCGACGCCGAGUCCCAUGGUGGCGACGAUGUGGCAGUCUAUGCCUCGGGUCCCUUCGCUCAGUUCUUUAGCGGCAACUACGAGCAGACGAACAUUGCCGCCAUGAUGGGUCGGGCCGCCGGCAUUGGACCCUACGCCAACGUUCAGCCAUAGGUAGCGCAGGAGGCGGUGUAUGAUGUGAUGUGUCGUCUCGUGUCGCGUCGUGUUGGGGAUACA